AUUUGACGAAAUAACGACACAAGAACGAUAUCUCAAGCAACCAAUGAGAAGAUUUUGCUCGACUUGUGCCAAAAUGGCGCUCACGAAUAAUCGUGCGCGUUCCGCAAUUCCACCAUUGAUGCGCGAAGCAGAUCCGAGAAUAUUCUCUCGUUGAACAAAAGUGCACGGACGUUGAAUUCCGCGAAGUUUUUGAUAUCGCUGCGGUAUGUUUACGUAUUUGAUUACGUGUACGUUUGGCUCACGCACCGUGUUUUAUCGCUGCGUUUUAUCACUCUGACGUUUUUGUCGUCAAAAGCAAUGUGUUAUCUUCGCGUUCCCUCUGCGGCUAAUUACGCAAAAAAAAAAAAAAACAACGUUGCACGAGCGAAAAUAACUUCUGAAUAGAUUCUCUUCGAUUAUCUCGCGUUCGGGAACACGAUUCUCCCGUAGAGAAUAUCGCGCGCGAAAGUCGUCAAAAAUUGCUGCGAUAUGAGAGGGAAAACAAAUGAGUACCGUCUGACAGUUCGUUCGGUGGACAAUGUCGUCUCUUGGUAAACGCGUGACAUUUCGAUCGAGUAGCGAAACGGUAUUGUGGUAUCAGGGACUGGCGUCUCACAGGUUCGUCAUGACUUUGUUGAAAAGGCUGUCCGACGACAAGACCGUGGCGAUGAACGAGAACGAGAACGAAAACACGGAGACAACGCGGACGGUGUGCAAACCGCGUCCUAAUUUAACGAACGAAACAAUGUUUCACGCAGUAUACGUACCGCAGGACAAGGACUCGCCUGUGGGCGAAAUAGCAGAAAACAUUCAUGUCUAUGAAGAUAUGUCCCAAGCUUUGGAAGUGAUAAAGGAGCAUAAGAAAGCUAGAGUGAAGACUUUCAAGAAUCGUUCCGAUGCUGAAGCUUAUGCAAGAACUGGGGAACAAUUGUCUCUCAGCAAUAGUUUUAUAGCGUUUCCCGUCGUUGCGAUGCAAGAACAAUCUAGUAAUUUUAAGACACUAAAAUCUCAGGAACUUGUGAGUUUUAGAAAGUUAAUUGAGAACGGAGAUUUGGAGAGUGUGAAGAGAGCUGUGUGGGAAAAUCCACGAUAUCUAAUUAGCAGCGGAGAUACACCUGCAAUUUUACAGACGGGAUAUCGGUAUAAUCCAUUGCAUGUAGCUGCAAAAGCUGGCAAGGCACAGAUGUGCGAGUUCAUAUUGAACACUGUCGGAGAUGUCAAAUUUAUGCAGUGGCAUUCCGGAAAUGUGGAAUGUGUAACUUACUUAGAUCCUGUGCAGAUAAUGUUGGAUUUAUAUUUGAACACACCUGAUAAGGGACUCAAUGAAACGCCGUUGCAUUUUGCUGUGAAGUUUGGCUUUAAAGAUGUGGUUCGAGUUUUGGUCUCAUAUUCUCAAUGUCAGAAAGACUUGCGAAACAAAUACGAACAGUUACCUAUAGAUAUAAUAUGUAGCAGAAAGUGCCAAGAAGACGAGGAGUUAAAACGUGAAAUAUAUAUGUUGCUGGAGGAUCAGUUCUAUGUACCUGUAUUGAGAGCAGAAGGCAAUACGUAUCCGCCAAUUAUUGGUGAACCUUUCUCUCCGACUAGUCCACUUAGACUGAACAAGGACCCUAUCAGUCCACGUGUUGAAGUGAGAGCUUUUGCCGGUCCGAUGACCAAGUCGGAAGCAGUAGAAUUUCGAAAAAAGUGGAAAACACCACCGCGUAUUAUUAUCCCUAAAAAAGGACAGGGUGACGCGUGCAGUAUUGAGAACAGUCCCAUGUUAGCUUUGAGGCUAAAAGAUACGGAAAAAGGUUUGGAGCGUAUCGGAAGAAAUCUUGCUGAGGAAUGUCACGUAUCUUGGAAGGAAUACUGGCCAUUCUUGGAAGAUUUUGUUGAUUUGCGAAGUGACGAAGGAUUGACCAAGCUCGAAACCUAUUUCCAGGAAAAAUUCAAAGAAUACAACAUGUUUUAUCCUGCUUCGAUUCAAAAGAAACUCUGUUCUACACACAACGACGCGCCAGCAAAUUGCGAACAAUCGACGGAAAAGAUGGAAAACGCGAUCGAUGAAUUGUGUAAAAAAUUGAACUCUUGUUCGUUGCAGACCGAAACCGAUAGAGCGGAAGAUACAGAAGAAGACAUAGAUGACUUGGAAUAUUACACACCGUCCUCGUCGCCGAAGCUCGUUCACAGCGACUCGGAGAGCGACAUGGAGAAUGCUGAGGAAGAAGAUAGUUUUCCUGCAACUUUUAUCCAAGGGGCUUCUCCGACGAAGGAAGAUUAUGCCGUUUACAAUGCGCUCUCGUCUGUGAUUUGUCCCGAUGUUUAUCCGCAUGUUUACCGUUGGCGACACAACAUGCAGUUGAUUAUGAAACGUGAUCCAAACAGAUUCAACGAUAUGAAAUUGUUCAGGAGAAAACUAUUCAAUAAUUAAAGAGUAAGAGGAUUUCUAUACACAUCAGAGACAAUCCGGAGUUGCCAAAUCUUAGACAUUGCUAUGCUAAUUUCCUUCUUAGACUACAAUCGUAAGAAAAAAAAAAACCAAAAUUCAAGCUAAUUCACAGACGCGUAGCUCUAAUUAACGCAACUGAUCUUAGAGAUCCUUCUCAAGCUGUAUUGAUAUUACAUACUUUGUACAUACUGGUUUUUUUUUUUUUUUUUUUUUUUUUUUUUUUUUAACACAUAUAUCGCGUAAUUGAUACGUAAAAAGCGAGCAAUAUAUAAAUGUAUUUUAGCUAAGAUAUUGAGAAGAAUUUAUAUAUUUUGAGAGAAACGUUUUUUACAAAGAGAUCUCUGUGAACACAGUAAGAAUAAUUCAAAAUAAAACUUUUAAAAGCCCCGUUAGAACGUAUAGUUCUUUUUAUUGCUCACUGCUGUUUACAGUUACAAUAAAUUACUGAAAAAUAAAAACUCACCGAGUUUCAUGAAUUUCAUUACUUUCACCCAU